AUGAGCUAUUUUCGAGAGAGCAAUGGCUCACUACGAGCAUUAGCGCUUGCGAGAUUGGCACGAAACUCCAAAGCAUGUGAAACAGGAAACUCUUUGGAGAAGCUUUUAGCUUCUUUGCCGGUGUCUUACUCUUCAAAUCCAGUUAAAUUGUUCUCAAUCCCCUUGACUCUUAAUGAAUUGGAGGUUCUUCUGGCUAUCUGUAAAUCAACUCCCUCGGGGGAAAUACAAGCGCGUUCUCUACUGAAAAAGUGUAUCUUUCCAUACUUUCUCGCUAGCCCAAAACAAAAAUUCACGGACUUUGUGCUUAACAAAUACAGGCAGCGUAAUUUGAAGCACCCCGGCCAAGUGCUGUCUUUCGAGCUCGCAAGGUGCAUAAUUAGGGCCAAUCGAAUGUACCCGCAAUUAUUGCCAGAAACUUGUCGAUUGGUCGAUGAGUACCUGCAAAUAGUGUCGGAUGGUAUGACAGUAGAGGGCCUACUCUCACUUGCAGGAUUUUUCGAGGCUUUGAUUCUCGAGAAAGGAAAAUCGCUGACCUCCGUUCUCAUAAGCACACUAAGAACUUUCCUGACUGAGGAUUUUUUGCAAGCUGUGGAGAUGACGACCAGGACGUCUUCCAGCAAAGAUAUUCUUAUCUUUUAUUUUGACCGCAAUCGGGAGAUUUCAUCGCUGUUGUUCUGCGAAUUAAUCGAAAAGUUGCAGGUAGCAUAUGCUUGCCAUUUAUUGGCAGUGCCAGAAAGGGACUCUUUGGACACAUAUUUGUUGAAGCUGCAACAUCAGCACACAAAGAACGAUAAAAGCUCUUUGUUUGAGGAAUUUAGUGACGCCUUGCUCAAGCACAAGGCAGAACUCCUGGAAUUGUGCGCUUUCUCUUUCAAGCAAAUGACAGAGAUUGAGCAAGGUGCGAAAUACAUUGACUUUUCCAGUCAAAGCCGUCUUGAGUUUGCCUUGAGGUCCAAGUCGUACAUGCUUCAAAUUCUUGCCCUUGGAGUUUUCAUAGGAUUUGAGCUCGAGGAAUUUACUGAGAUUGUACGCGACUCUGUGGUUGAUUUGCCAACUAACCACUGUGCUUUAGGUACUGACUUAUUUGCUACUGUUGUUACAGUCGCGUCUUUACUGAACUAUUUCACGGAGGCUGUGUCAUCUGAUCUAUUGCGGGUGUUCCCUGUACUGGUGUCAACGAAGUCAAUAUCGAAGCAGCAAAUCUUGGCUAUUUCGACAAGUUUCGCCAGAGGAUUAGUUCCUCUUACUGAGGAUGCGAUCGUCGGUACGAUCUACACGAUUAACAACUUGCUCGCAUUGGCUCAAGACGGGCCCACAGUGAAAGGGCGUCGCUUGACAACCGCGCUAGGUAACGGGACCAACUUUGAUCGCUUUCUGUCCUCUAGGCCGACUCGAUCUAAUACUGUAGCAACCUAUCAAUCUUUGCAACGAUUGAAACUUUCAGAAAUCAAUAUUGAAGGCCAGCAAUUUAGCUACGAGGGCCAAGCUGCAAAGUUUCAGGACGAGGAUAACUCUUCUCCUUAUCACAAUGAACUUUUUGAAAAUGUCAUUACAGCAACCACUACAAUUGCUGCCAUUUACAACGAUCAGUCCAUUACUGCGUUGACAAUCACAAUUUUAACUCAAAAGUACAGAUCUGUUUCCCCUCAAUUAGAUAAAGGAAUUUUGGAGGGCUUGGCACACUUGGCACUGACUGUAAACAAGUCUGAGUUUAAUCUACUAAUGAAGUUUUUCCACACGGCUACCAACCGCGCUUUGGAAAAUAAAGAUUCAACUAUGACUUCGAGCCUCGUCUCAGCUAAGAUUGUAAUUGCAAAUGGCCUCUCAGCUGAAAAGCCACGAGGCCCUUUGUUUCGAAUUUACCUCGACUAUCUGUUGGAUUCAAUCGUCGCACGAGGAGACGUUGAUCGUUCAGAACACCAUAGAUCUCAUACUGAAAUUUCAGAAGUGGCUGAACAAAUAGCACUUUAUUUGAAGCCCCUAGCUGCUCUGCUUCCUAAACCAGGAUCUAAGCCGAUAAGUCUCAUGCAUGAUGAAGCCUUAACUAACACAUUUAGGAAUGUUUGGUAUAAUGCAGCAGUCCACGGCUUUCAUGGGGAGGCGCCUCUGAGUAGAAAGCAUCACAAAGAGUUGUCUAUAAUUGCUUACAAUUCGCCACCGCUUGCAUCCGACUUCCCAGCGGUAAACCGCGAAACAUCUCUGGAAAUGAAUACUAUUCUUCGUCGUGGCUCGUCGAAUCAUAAUUUGAAAGAGCAAAAGCACAUACUGUCUGAUUUUUUAUCCAUAAGUUCAGUUCAAGCCAGGACACUUUCCUCUUCAAAAAUUAUGUUUUUGGCAGCAACUCUUCUUCUAGAGAACUUAAGAUGUGAGGCAGGUGAUUGCUCUAAGGCUUUACUUUAUUGUUCUGAUCGUUCUAUUGCCAAAAGUAAUAUCGACAAAUUUGUGAGUUCGAUUUCAAUGGCAAUGAUUCAAAAGUACACUAUGCUUGUCAUACAGGGAACCUCCCAAAAUUUUUGUGCAGAAAAUGUUGCAAGGCAACUGAAUAACAUCAUACUUUUGUUAACUCAUAGGGACACUUCACUUCAGGAUGCUGCUUAUCUCUGCUGUGACAAAUUCAUUGAGAGAAUUCCAUCGAGUCUUUGUCAUCGCGAUUCUCUUUACACUUUGUUGGACCUAUUGUCUAUGCUUUUUGAUAGCGUUGUAUCUUGUGAAGCCAACAAGCACGAAGUCGUUUUUGAAUUCACUUUGAAGCACUCUCAAAGGAAAGUGAUGUUACCAGACUCGUAUCACUGGCGUUCUUUGACCCUGGAAAAACUUCAAAAAUAUGCUACACGUUGGGUCACCGUUAUUUUGAAGACUGCCAACCAAGAUACCAAAAUUUUAUUGCAGUCCUAUAUUUCGGACUUGGGCAGUAUUCAAAGACUAAAUAACGUUGAAUUUGGUGUUUCUUUUGCCCUCGAAAUGGCAGCAAAAAUAUUACCCGUGGAUAGGGAAUUGGCCAGUAUCACUAGAAGUGGGUACCGCCGGCCGGAUAGUAUGUCGGGCUUUUUAUCGCAACAUGCUUGGAGGUCUCGAUUUAUGAGAGAACAAAGUACUAUAUCCUCCUUCCAUGAUAUCGACGUGGAGAGGAGCAGCCUGAAGUCUAGAAUUGAGGAAGCUCUCGCAAAGAAUAAAUCCCUGAACUACAGAGAUAUAAGCGCAUUUCUUGACCUAUCAGCAUCACUUCUCGUUCUAAGAAAAGGAAAUGCAGCUACCUUAGUCUACGACAUUGUCAACGUUCCCUUUAUGGUCUCAACUUCCGAUGCUGUAAAGAUCGCGACAAACGUCUGGUUAUCAGUUAUGAAGGAAAGAAGCGAUAUUUCGUACUUACUUCUGUCAGAAAUUGGUAACUGCUGGGCGUCCUCGAUUGAUAACAACGAAGGUCUUUUUUCAACUCAUCAUAAUCUCGUGGUGGAGGAAUUUCAACCAAUGCAGUAUGCUCCUUACAACAAAAAGGAAAUAAACGCACGCGCACAUAGCGCCAGUAAGUCUUUGCAGCCUCAUAUGUUGAUUAUCAGGUUUUUAACCUCUCAUUUUGAAGGAACCAUGUUUGAUAGUCUGCAUUUGCUGCAAAUUUUUACCAAAAUAUGUCUCCAGGGCUUAACAAACCUCGUCAAGGCGAGCUCUCAUCCUUUUGCAAGAAUGGCCCGUAAUGAAUUGCUCAACUUUGGUGUUUUAGUGUUUUCGAUUAAUGUAAAGCAUAAAACACGUUACGUUCCUGAUAUUAGUCGCGCAUUGGUAAACGGAGCUUUGAGCUGGUUUGAGAAGCCAAAUUCGUGGCCAUUUGGAGCCAAUGAGCUAAAAAUAAGAGCAGAUUUGGCGAUGCUUAUCGAGCUUUACAAGAAGUUGAAGAAAAACGAAUCCGCGUUAAACGACUAUAAUCCCAGAGAGCUUACCCUGUUAGAGUACUUCAUGCUGAGUGAAAUCCACUCAGUAGAGAGUUGGUUACGACCCUUGGCCAAGCCUCAAGAUAUUACGAAACUACCGCUAGAACUCAUUUCCUUUGCUUUCACGAAAAAUCCUUUACUAGCACAAAACUUGAUCGAUCGCUUUCCGUCAAAGAAAGCUGAUGAACUUUUACAACGCAUGAUUGUUGAAAGCCCAUUGCAAUGCGUGCAUUCCCCAAAAAGUUUGGCGCCCUUUUUGGCAGGUGCUAAAGACUUUCAUUACACACUUUAUUGGGCUUCAACGAGUCCGUUACAAUCAAUUAAUCUCUUCCUCCCACAAUAUGCUCAAAACAGAUUUGUUGUGCAGUACAACACACGAGCCCUUGAAUCACACGACGUUAACUUGACGUUUUUCUAUGUGCCUCAAAUCGUUCAAUGUUUGAGAAGUGAUCCUCUUGGUUAUGUUGAAAGAUUCAUCAUCGACACCGCAAAGAUAAGCGUGUUAUUCGCCCAUCAAAUUAUAUGGAACAUGCUGGCAAACAGUUUCAAGGACGAUGAAGGAGAAAUUCCAGACGACUUGAAGCCUUGUCUAGAUCGAAUCCAUGAAAAAAUGGUCGCGUCGUUUAGUGACAAGCAAAGAGGCUUUUAUGAGCGUGAGUUUGAUUUCUUUAACGAAGUUACUGGUAUUUCAGGUAAGUUAAGACCUUUUAUCAAAAAGACUAAAGCGGAAAAGAAAUUAAAGAUUGACGAAGAAAUGGCAAAGAUUGUGGUUCGCGACGGGGUUUACUUGCCCUCCAAUCCUGAUGGCGUAGUAGUGGACAUUGAUCGUUCGAGUGGGAAACCAUUACAAAGUCAUGCAAAAGCACCCUUCAUGGCGACAUUCAAGAUUGAAAAAACCAUUCAAGAAGUUGAAACUGAAGAGCCACAGAAGGUAGAAAAGUGGCAGGCAGCGAUCUUUAAAGUGGGAGACGACUGUAGACAAGAUGUCCUGGCACUACAAUUGGUAUCAUUGUUCCGCACUAUUUGGUCGUGCAUUGGACUGGAUGUGUACGUGUUCCCCUACAGGGUGACUGCAACUGCACCGGGAUGCGGUGUGAUAGAUGUCUUGCCUAAUUCCAUUUCGAGAGACAUGUUAGGAAGAGAAGCUGUUAAUGGCCUUUACGAAUAUUUCAUCACCAAAUUCGGUCACGAAAACACGGCGGAGUUUCAAAAAGCCAGAAAUAAUUUCGUGAAGUCACUUGCUGGAUACUCGGUAAUUUCUUACUUGUUACAGUUCAAGGACAGGCACAACGGUAAUAUUAUGUACGAUGACCAGGGUCACUGUUUGCACAUUGACUUUGGCUUCAUUUUUGACAUUGUUCCGGGGGGUGUGAAGUUCGAAGCAGUGCCUUUCAAACUGACCAAAGAGAUGGUCAAAGUAAUGGGCGGAUCUCCAGAUACACAGGCCUACCAAGAGUUUGAGGAACUUUGUAUCAAGGCUUAUUUGGCAGCGCGCCCUCAUAUGAGUGCAAUUCUGGAGUUAGUUAGGCCAAUGCUUAGUAGCGGCCUGCCCUGUUUCAAGGGCGAGAAAACAAUGCGCAACCUGGAGGCUCGAUUUGUCCCACACAAAAGCGAGCACGAGGCCGCCGAAUUCAUGAUGGGAUUGAUCAAAAAGUCUUACGAGAGUAUUUUCACGAAAGGCUACGACGAGUUCCAGCGUCUAACGAAUGGCAUUCCUUAUUGA